AGUUAACGUUUUUUUUUAAAAUGUAUUUUAUUAUUUAAUAUUUUUGGGUUAAUGUGAUGUGCGCUGCACCCGGACCUGAGUGGUAGCGUGCGCGCACCCACUGCACAGCGACAAGAUGGCGGUCUCCGCCGGAUCAGGCGUGAAAGUUCCUCGUAACUUCCGGCUGCUGGAAGAGCUGGAGGAGGGCCAGAAAGGCGUCGGAGACGGAACGGUCAGCUGGGGCCUGGAGGACGACGAGGACAUGACCCUCACCAGGUGGAGAGGCAUGAUCAUAGGACCCCCACGGACUAUCUAUGAGAACCGCAUGUACAGUUUAAGAGUGGAGUGCGGCCCGCGCUACCCAGAGACGGCCCCCUUCGUUCGUUUCGUCACCAAGAUCAACCUGAACGGCGUGCACAACUCAAACGGUGUGGUGGACACGCGUGCGGUGUCUGCGUUGGCCAAGUGGCAGAACUCGUACAGCAUCCGCGUGGUGCUGCAGGAGCUGAGGAGACUCAUGAUGUGCAAAGAGAACAUGAAGCUGCCGCAGCCGCCCGAGGGACAGAUCUACACCAACUAAACACACACACACACACACACACACACACACACACACACACACACACACACACACACACACAUACAAAUCUACACCAACUAAAUACACACACUUAGACAUACACACACAUACAUACAAGCUUAUGCACACACACACACACACAAUUAUAUACACAGACAUACACACACACACUCUUGUCCCUAUCAAUCACAUCUGUCUGUCAAUCUCUCUCUCAGUCUGUCUGGCACUUUCUCUCUACCUCUCAGUUUUUCUCUCUUCCUCUCUUCCUCCUCUCCUCUUCCUCUCUUUUUUUCCCUCUCUACCUCUCUCGUUUUUUUCUCUCUGCCUACCUCUCUAUCUCUGAUGCUCUUCCUACAUCAGCUGCUACCCGCCCCCCCCCGCUCCCUCUCUCCCACAUUCUCCCCCUCUCCCUCCCUCCCUCUCUUUCCCUGUCUGUAUGUCUCGCUCCCUCCCUCCCUCCCUCUCUCUCCCUCCCUCCCUCCCUCUCUCUCCCUCCCUCCCUCUCUCUCCCUGUCUGUAUGUCUCCCUCCCUCCUUCCCUCCCUCUCUCUCUCUCUCUCUAUAUCUCCCUGCAUCCCUCCCUCUCCCGCUCUCUCUCUCUCUUUCUCUUUCUCUCUCUUCCUUCAUCUCAUCUAGUCUGUCUCUCAUUUAUUCCCCCAUCUCAUUCCUUCAGCCAUCAGUUUAGCUUUUUGUCAGUCCAACAGAAUACACACACGCACACACACACACGCACAUACACAUGCACAUACACAUAUACACACAUACAAAUACAACACACACACACACACACACACACGCAGACACAAUGACAUGACAUAAGAAGCAUACAUACAGUUGCAAACACACUCAUACAAACACUUGAAUCUACACACACUCCUCACAUCAAGCCCCGCCUCACGCCCUGUCCCUCCUCCCCCUUUCCCAUCACUGGAGCUCUGAUUGGCCCACAGGCGCCCUGUCCCCGCCCCUUUCCCCAUCACUGGAGCUCUGAUUGGACCACAGACGCCCUGGAGGGCGGCGCCAUCAGCCACUUCUGUUCUCUCCAUCGGAAUACUGUACCCUUCCUGAUCUUUUUUUAUUAUUAUUAUUAUUUGUUAUAAAUGCAGAUUGUACGAUAGCAUAAAUAAACUUAUUGAGUGUA